AUGCCUUGCAUUUCCUCACGACCAUUGACUCUCCCCAAUUUCAUCUCUCGUCUCCGGGAUCAAGCCAUUGAAACGGCCGAAAAAGAGGCGUUGCAGGCCUGGGGCACGACUGCCGUCGACGCCUGCCUCAGCACGUCUAGCAUACCACAGUUGGCAUGGGAGGCUGCUCGUCUCUCGGAAGUGCUGGUCCCCAAUGGGUGGAUCAAGCUGCUGCGAAAUUUCGUCAACGCGGUCAUUGUCGGCAGUAUAGAUGGAACUUCGCUUUCCCCGGUCCUCCUACGAUCGCUGGCGUUCAUAAUUCGACAGCGAGAGGGCCAGUGGUCGUCGGAGAGCACGGAGAUUCUGGGAGCCCUGUUCUCAAGCCUGAAAGUGCGAUUGGAGCAAGCAGAUAGACUGGGUGGAUCGGUGGAUCGAAAAUAUGAACUGGUCUGCGUGCUAGGGGUGGUGAUCGACGCCAUGGUCGACAUCGGCGUGUCGGAUAUCAGCCACGAACAAUUAUACAAGCCGUUGAUUGCCCUGCUCGAUGGCUUCAGUCACGAUCGUGACCUUCAUGUGGCCCAGGCUGCCGCCUACACCGGACAAGCCUUGCGGGGGAUCCAGGAUGAUGAUACCGUCGGCAAAGCAUCCUUGCGGGGGCUGCUACGGGCCAUCGACCUCGCAAUGACCGUUUCCGGCGCGGUCUCCUCUGUGGAUCCGAGCAAAAUCUGGGAGGCAGUCAAGUCUGGCAUAGAUGGAGCUUCGCGACUCCGAGACUUCACCUGGGACAUGUUCAAGAAGCGGACGGGGAAGUCUUGGUAUACCGCCCUACGAGCGACCAGUAUCCUCAUACGCACCCGGUCCUGGGAUGAGCUGAGCGAUUUCAUCCAACAGGCAGAAUGUAGAGCCAACAAGGACUUUCUUUGCGGCCUGUAUGCCCAACUGGAUCUCAUCAGCCAGCUUGUCCCUCCGGAUCAGAUACAACACAUCUAUAAGAGCAUUCCCGAAAGCAAGUAUGACCGUGUUCAAGCCUGGAAAAUGCACACUGUUUGUGCGAUCAAGGAUCAAACCACCCCCCCUGAGCAAAAACUAGCCAGUACACUUAAGAGAACGAAAACAUACGAUUGGUCACUCAAAUCCUGCGGAUGGGAGGACGUCAGACAAGACCUUUCUGAUGACAGCAGCGCCCUCCUCGAUGAUUCCUACCGGCGUUGCAUGCCGGCUCGAGAAUAUUACACCAAGAAUGCUUUGUUGGAGUUUUACUCUCAGGACGAUGAUAAAAGACUGCAGAUUCAGCGUCUAUCUGGAGCUAGACUCCCUGUGGAUCACUGUUACAUCAAUCUCAAUGUCGUGGACUCCGAUCAAGGCGAUGAGGUGCCGCUGGAAAGCCUGUUUGACUGUAGGGAACAAGGGGGCAGGAAGAUCCGGCCGAAAAAGAUUUUCAUUGAAGGACAGGCAGGUGUUGGCAAAACAACGCUUUGCAAGAAAGUCGUUCACGAUUUCCUGUAUCGAAAUCUGUGGUCCGAUCGCUUCGACUGGAUUUUGUGGCUGCCACUGCGACAUCUCAAGGGUAAACGUGCCGAUUCUUAUUCCAUUAAAGACCUAUUCCACCACGAGUACUUCUCCCAGCACCAGGAUUCGGAGCUUGUGGCAGACACUUUGGAUUCAAUCGUAGCCCGGAAUAGCGCUCGGGUGCUCUGGCUGUUGGAUGGCCUAGAUGAAGUCGCCCAAGACUGGGAUGCCGAUUCACCUAUGGGCCGCUUUUUGCAAACUCUGCUCAAGCAGCCUCAAACCAUUAUCAGUUCACGUCCAUACUCAACUAAACAGCUAAACAUGGCAAAGCAGGACUUGAAGCUGCAAACGGUGGGCUUUCACGCUGAGCAAAUUGAAAAGUACAUACGAGCCAAAGAAAUCCACCCAGACCCUGGAACAGCGGACAAGAUCUGGGAGUUCAUUGACGAGCAUUCGCGAAUUAGGGAAAUUGCACAGAUCCCGAUUCAACUCGAUGCUCUCUGCUACACUUGGAAAGAGUCUUUGGGUAAUAUCAAUACAGCCAGGACUAUGACUACCAUCUACCAGGCGAUCUGCGUGGAGCUACUACGGAAGGACCUGUGGCGUAGGGAGAAAAGAAUUGACGGCAGAACCCUGACAGAACAACAGACGGAAGAGCUGUCGGAGUUUGAGGUGCAGCUACACAUGCAGGAGGAAAUCAACCUCCUCGAGGCGCUGGCCUUCCAUGGCCUACUCACCAACAUCAUUGAUUUCGAUGCUCCAGUACGAAUUCAGAUCUAUCAACAUCUCCUGAACGGGAAUGUACUUGUUCCGAGGCUACACGAGAGCGCAAUCAAAGAGAUAAGCUUUCUUCGUUCUUCAGAUGCCACCGACAAUGCCCAGCAAAGCUUUCACUUUCUACACUUGACAGUUCAAGAGUUCUUCGCUGCCCGAUUUUUCGCGAAACACUGGACCAGCCAAGCCACAAUACACAGCUUGACACUGAAUGGCCGCACAGACACUGAUAUUCCACCCCAAGUCUUCAUGGCAAGAGAGAAAUACAACGUUCGCUAUGAGGUGUUCUGGAGGUUUGUGGCCGGAUUCCUGGGUGUCGGAUACAACCACCAAAAGCAAAGCGAGGAGCAUACGGCCGCAUUCCUUGAGGUCAUGGAAAACAAACCCCGAGAUAUGUUGGGCCCCAUGCAUAGCAAGCUCAUGAUGCGCUUGUGGAGUGAAGUACCUGCAUCGAACAAUAUUGCUAGGCUGAGAUCUCUGCGUCAGAGUCACUACCAACGGCUCGCCCGGUGGAGCUCUUUCGAGGUCACAGCUUAUGAUAAAGGGGAGCUUGCAGGGGAGGCAGAAUAUCCGGAUACAGUUCUAUAUUCUCUCUUGGAAAACCGAAGCUCUGAUGUCAAACGACAUGUUCUGAAUGUCAUUGCUCAGCGCAGAGUCUCGACAAGUGUCACUGACUUGAUAGCCUCCUGGGUAGACCAAGUCUCCGACGAUGAACUGAAUCCGGUCUUUGUUCGAACCCUGCUCAGGAAUUGCCGAUCACUGUCCCCCAAGGCUUAUGAUAUUCUUCUUGUGCACCUGCAUGAUGAAUCAAAAGUGGAGGAGUCCGACUUUAAAGGCGUCCAGGUACCGGCCUUACCACAGGAUCUUCUGAGAGCAAUUUUAGAUUGUCUGCAUUAUGGGCCAGCUGGUUUGAAGGCGGCAGCACUGGAAAUUCUGUCUGAACAGCCACCUUCAGCUCUGCAAGCCUAUGUCGAUACCAUUGCCCAUGGACUUUCAGACCCGGAGUCAGAGGAGGUGACAUCCAAAUCUCUCAAGAUACUGGAACGUUUGGAUCUGUCGCUUGAGAUCUUACAGUCCAUGACCUAUCUUGUUUACGAACAAAUCGGUUCUUACCCGUCGCCAUUCGACAUUGUAAAGAAAUCAUUAUGCCGCCAUUCGCUGGUGUCUCCAAGUAUUCUGGGCUAUGUCUGUUCUUUACUGGACCACAGAAGCUUCAUCGUGCGAAAAUUGGCUGUCCGGGUUCUGGCCCAGCAUCCUCUCUUGCCACCCAGUACGGCGGACUGGCUUGGCCAAGAAGUGCACUUCGGUGAUUGUCUGGUAAAGGAUCUACGAACUACGGUCUGGCAGCAGCUCUUACCAUCUCAAAACAUUCGAGAGGACAUUGUACGAAGGUUGAAGCAUAUCGAUCCCGCAGUGCGAGGAGUAGCUGCCUUGAUCCUCGGCGGUCGAUCAGAUUUAUCUAAGCCAACAUUUGAAGCGGUGGCCGAGUUGCUGAACGACACAAAGUGGUCUGUUCGAGAAGCAGCCGCCAAAGCUCUACGUGGUCAAUCGGAACUUCCACACCAUGUGCUAGAUCGGGUGGCGGGCUUGCUAGGGGAUCAUCAUCCACUAGUUAGAUAUCAGGCAAUCAAAACCUUGACAAAGUACCCAGAUGAUGAGCUAAAGUAUCUCGAUGAUGUGGUACUCAGUCUGGAAGACCCAGAUUUCUCUGUGGCUUACAAAGCAUCCGAGGCCAUCAGGAAGCACCCAAAAGUCCCGCGCGAAUUGCUUUAUCAUCUUUUCGCUCAGAUGAUCGAUCCGCAAGAUCACCAUACGUCAAGGUUCGAUCCAAUAUUCCGGAGCGCUCUCAGGCGAGGUCUGCCUCCAGAUUUGGGAAAUAGACUCCUAGAUCUGGCGGAAUCGGCGGAUAUAGAAGGAGAAGGGGAAGGGGAAGAAGAAGAAGAAGAAGAGGAGGAGGAAAGAGACGUUGAGCACAUCUUGGAUCUUCUCGGAGCACAAACAUUCCUGCCUCCUGGAAAGCUCCUCCAACUCAGUGAAAGAUUUGUGACGAGUGAUGACCGGAUCGCUAGUGCGGUGGUCAAGAUUCUCGUGGCUCAAGCCCACUUGCCGCCGCCUCUUAUCCUUGCGCUCACGCGAUUCCUCGAUCGUGCUGACAAAACGCUGGUCCUCAAUGCCACAUUAUGGCUGCUGGGACAGUCCGAGCUGCCCCUCGAGGCUCUCGCCCUCAUGGCAGGAAUGCUUCCCACCGUCCCACUACCGGGAUUCGCGGCGGACAUUCUGUCAAGACAGCCUUCCUUGCCGAGCGAGAUCAUGAACCUCGCACUCUCCGCGUUUCGCCUGGCAACAGACGAACGCUACGCCGAGAUCCACGAGGUGCUCGAGCGCAAUGACGCAUUCUACCGCAUGCUUCCCCAGCUACCCGUGCACGACCUCCAGCGGCUGUGUCGGAUCUGGCUGCGGCGGAGCUUCGGCGAACGAGUGAAUUUCUACUUUCGUGACGGAUCCCUCGUGGUUGACACCCCAGAUUUUCAGGGCGCGAUCCCGAUGCCGCUGUAUCAGCGGAUCAAGCUGUGGCUGAUCUUCCGGCUCACCGUGCUGGCAUGUACGCGGGCAUCGGAUGUCGAGCGGGUUCGGGGCUGGAUCCGCGGGUCAGUUGCAUGGAUGGGGGGCCACCGAGCACUGGUUUUGGCUUUUGUGGCGGCUGUCCUGGCUGUCAUUCUCAGGUGGGCAUUAUGGUAG